GCUGGGUGGGGAGGUGCGUGACUCGUUGGCUCUCUCCGGGUAGGGGGUGUUGGACCGGUUACCAGCAUGGGUGACCAAGCGCUCAGCUUUCUCAAGGACUUUUUGGCCGGUGGAGUCGCCGCCGCCAUCUCCAAGACGGCCGUCGCCCCCAUCGAGAGAGUGAAGUUGCUGCUGCAGGUCCAGCACGCCAGCAAACAGAUCACAGCGGAGAAACAGUACAAGGGCAUCAUCGACUGCGUCAUCCGCAUCCCCAAGGAGCAAGGCAUCAUCUCCUUCUGGAGGGGCAAUCUAGCCAACGUCAUCCGCUACUUCCCCACCCAGGCCCUCAACUUCGCCUUCAAGGACAAGUACAAGCAGAUCUUCCUGGGGGGAGUGGACAGGCACAAGCAGUUCUGGCGCUACUUCGCGGGCAACCUGGCAUCUGGUGGCGCGGCUGGAGCCACUUCGCUCUGCUUCGUCUACCCGCUGGAUUUUGCCAGGACCCGGCUGGCGGCUGAUGUGGGCAAAGGAGCAGCCGAGAGGGAGUUCACGGGGCUGGGCGACUGCAUUGUCAAGAUCUUCAAGUCCGAUGGCUUGAGGGGCCUGUACCAGGGAUUCAAUGUGUCUGUCCAGGGCAUCAUCAUCUACAGAGCAGCCUAUUUUGGGGUUUAUGACACAGCCAAGGGUAUGUUGCCUGAUCCAAAGAACGUGCACAUCAUAGUGAGCUGGAUGAUUGCCCAGAGUGUCACUGCAGCAGCAGGGUUGGUUUCGUACCCUUUUGAUACUGUGCGACGUAGGAUGAUGAUGCAGUCUGGACGAAAGGGAGCUGAUAUUAUGUACAAGGGCACAAUUGAUUGCUGGAAGAAGAUAGCAAAAGAUGAAGGAUCCAAAGCGUUCUUCAAAGGUGCCUGGUCAAAUGUGUUGAGAGGCAUGGGUGGAGCUUUUGUACUAGUACUUUAUGAUGAAAUCAAGAAGUAUGUCUAAAACUUAACAUCCUAAUGUAGUUCAGUUGUUCUCAAUUGACUUUUUAAAAUAACUACUGUGAUGUAAUGGACAACAAAAUAUUUCCUAGGGAAACAGAAUAAGACUUGAGUAACAUCCAGUUGAGAGAGGGAUGCAUUUAAAAUCUAUCCACUACAGCACAGUUGCACUUUGUAUGGAAAUUCCUCCAACAUUUAUAUUGGAAGCUAUGUAUAUAUUAUACCCUUUCAAAUUUCAGGUAAAGCAUUUUGACUAGAGAUGAGAUGUAGGUGGUAUACACCUAGUUUAAAAUCUAAUGUAAACUCAAAGUGAGAAAUACCUUUUAUACUAAGUAAUGUCUCUAGCUAGCCAUCAUCAUGAUGAUACAACAUGAUUUUAUAAGCCAUGUCAUCUUCUUUGAAGUUCUUAUUUUUUUAAUCUGAUAUGUAAGCGUAAAUACCUGCAAACUAUAUAACACAACAAUGGGCUGCAAGUUCCUAAUUGCUGCCUUUUCACUGACAAGUUAGGCAGUUGUGGUCAAAACCAGACCAUAAUGACUGUUUUCAAUUGUACUUUGUAGAAGGUGGAAAUAUUGUUAAAAAUACCCUAUUCUCACAAAGCAAGAAGUUGUCUGCUCUGAUGUUCAAUUGAACUAAAACUGAACUCAUGAAAUAAAUUAAUAUAUAUGAA